AUGCCUCCGAAGCGCAAGGCUCCCGCGACCAGCGCAACCGCCGCUCCCAAGACGCGACAAUCCAAACUCGCCAAGGAGCACAAUGUGACUGCGCAAGAAGAGGGCGAGAUCCGCGAGGCGUUCAGUCUCUUUGCGGAGCCAAUGGAUGGCGAGAAGCAUGGAGUCUUGCCUAUUGACGACGUCAAGUCGGCGCUCAUAGCCCUCGGUGUUCCGCCCUCUUCUCACUCAGAGCUCAAAGAAUUCGUAUCAAUCCUGGACCCAGAAAACGACGGUUACGCGACAUUUGAACCUUUCUUCGCAAUCUGUGCCCUCAAAUUCCAUACAAGGGAGCACGACUCGGACGCCCAUCGUGCAGAAGUCGAGGAAGCUUUUCGACUAUUCACAAACGGUCAGGAUGGACCCAUUACUCUUGCACACCUCCGACGUGUUGCUGCUGUGCUCAAAGAGGAUGUCGAUGAGGAACUACUCAAGGAUAUGAUUCUCGAGGCGAACGGCGGCGUAGGUGUUGCUAGGGGAGUGGGCGUUGAGGAGUUUGAUGGAGUAAUGAAGAGCGCUGGUGUCUGGAGGUGA